AAAUAAAUCGAGGUAAAAAAUGGGUAAGGAAAGACUAAGAAGAAGAAAAAACCUAUGCGGAUACUUUUACUGGGUUCAUUCGAAAUAGAAAUCAGAGAGUGACGAAUACUAGCCAAAAUAGCUGAGGCUAUCACUUACUACACAGGAGCUGCGUUGGGAUGAGCAAUAUCCAAAACCAACGAGGCUUUUCCGAUAAUCCCCCUUUUCCUCCUCUUCAUUCUAAUCCAAAUUCACGAGUCUCCUUCGUUUCUGAUUGAGAUCUUUUUCUCUUGUUAAAUCUAUUCUUUUGGUGUUAUUCCUUUCGCUCGGUUAUGGCGACUCCGUCUGACGCUCCGCCAAGUUCCACGGGCGAAAAGCCCCCGAACUCAGUCUCUGUAGAACCAUCUAAUGAUGGUCACCCAGAUACCAAGGUAGAGGCUGUGAAGGAGAGUUCUCCCACUUCAGUAUUUGUGAACUCAGAACCAAUUCGGGAAGAGCAAGUACAAAAUGCAAUGAAGUUUCUCUCACAUCCAAAAGUUAGGGGGUCCCCUGUCAUGUAUAGAAGGUCAUUUCUUGAGAGGAAGGGUCUCACAAAAGAGGAGAUUGAUGAAGCCUUUCGGCGUGUUCCUGAUACAAUGACAACUGUUUCAACAACGCAGCCAGUUGUCUCUAGUCAAGAUGGGCAGAUGAAACCUUCGUCAAAUGUUCAACAGCAACCUCCAACACAAGGACUGCACCCAGCAGCUGUUGUACCUGUGGGUAGCACAUCGAAAAUUGGGAUGCUCUCCCAAUUCCAUUGGUAUCAUGCUAUACUUGCUGUGGGAUUUCUAGCUGCAUCAGGUGCCGGAACAGCAGUAAUUUUCAAGAAAUCUGUUGUCCCCAGGUUGAAGUCUUGGAUUCGUAAGGUUGCAUCAGAAGAAGAUGAAGAGGGCCUGAUAAAGAUAAACGAUGCAAAACCAAGUGUAGCAGACGAAGCUGCAGCUGCUGCAAAAGCAGCAGCUGCUGCAGCAGCGGAUGUAGCUCGAGCAAGCCAAGAGAUGUUGACAACGAAAAUAGAAGAAAAGAGAUGCUUCGAGGAGCUUAUCAGUAUGUUAAAUGCUCAAGUACAUGAGAUGAAAUCAAUGAGCAAUUCAAUACAGAAGUUGGAAAGUGGACAAGGCGUAAAUGGAAGAAUUGCUCUGGAUGAACAGGACAACCGAAGGUUUUCAGGAACGAGUUCAAGGCAACCUUAUACCAAUGGCAAGACAGAUACUGAUUCACGUUCAGUAAGAUCUACCUCUCCACCUGUGUCUGUGGAACCUCCUCACCCUAAGUCGUAUAUGGAGAUAAUGUCAAUGAUACAGAGAGGGGAAAAACCAUCGAAUAUAAGGGAGAUCAACGAUGCGCCACCAAACCCCAAUCAGCCACUAACAAAUCCACGUGCAGCACCGAGGCCAAAGCCUUGGGAGAUUACUCAACCACAGAACACCUCCGCCAACACUUACCCGUCUCAAGAGAGCAGCAACGGACCAACCUAUGAUUUCCCAGACAACCAGCUGAACGGAGAUGAUGCAGUGCCUUGGUGGCAGCGGAAAAAUGUCAGAAUCACGGAAGUGGAAUCCGGUGAGGAACAUAAAUUUGGAUCUUCCAACUUGCCUGCAGGUAACGACCGACCACCUCAGAGGUCUUGGGUGCCUCCUCAGCCACCUCCCGUGGUGAUACCUGAAGCAGCCACGGCCAUACGCCAACCAAAGAAGGCUGCAAUUCAGACAGAGCCAAUGAACGAUGACCAAUUCUUAGCUCGUUCAGGAGAUGCAACCGAUGAGUUGCAGAGAAUCACCAGAAUCUCCGAAACAGGUGGUUCCGUGGAGGCUAACACUGGGGUGUCAGACCCUUUGUCUACUGAGAUACAAAGAGAGGAGAAUGGCUUGUAUCUGGAGGCCUAAGAGGUAAGCAUCAGUUCGGGUUGUUUUGAAAUGAUAUGUUCUAUUAUAGGAGAUCAUUAUAAUAAAACAAGGAGGUCACGAUGGUUGCACAAACCGAUCGAUCCAAUCUCAUGAUUUCCUGCUCUAUGCUAUACUCCAACCUCUAAAUCUAGGUUAUAUAUACAAUACAUGAUCGAUACUCAUAAAGCGUUAUGCGAGAUACAUGCUUUGUGCAUAUGGUUACUGCAAUGGCUGCUGCUCCUUGGAUCAUGUUGUGAUUGUGCCUUUGGUGUAUGUGAUAAAUUAGAUGCUUUGAAUGAUAUAAAUUGAGAAAUUAUAUA